GAGCGAGUACAAGAGAAACCCAGCAAACUCCGAAGAACAAGCUUAACCCUUCACCAUGGCCUCCUGCCAGUUGCAAAAAACCGCUGAACAAUCCUGCAAACAGAAAAGCUAUGAGCACAUGCCUGGCCAGCAAACAACUGAGAUGACUCAUCAGGAAUUUAAAUCGUGCAGCGAAUAUAAACAUCUCGAAGGUCACCACGGACAAGAGGCUGGCUACACUGUGGUGGCAUGCCAGACCCAGUGCAGUGGCCAAUCAUAUGCUAUUCCUAAAGCGCAGACUCACAGCAGUGGCAAUACCCACAAUGUAGAUUGCCAUGGGAAGAAAGAAAUGUCCCUGAAAGAAAAGAUUGCUGAGAAGACGAACAAAGUGAAGAGCCUUUUCAAGAAAAAGAAUCGGGAUGGCAGAAGUGAUGAUAGCAGCAGCAGCAGUGACAGUGAGAGUGACAAUGAUGCCUGUUGUGAAAAGCACUGAAAAGCAGAAGGCAAAGCAAGGGAAUAAACUUCGCCUCACUAUCAGAAAGUAUGUUAAAAACUAAAUAAAUGUGAGUCUCCAUUAUUGGCUACAAGGAUGAGGACUUUGCAAUGUAAGAAUAACUUCUGAUAUACAAUCAUCAUAUAUGUAAUGUAUGAAGUACAGAUCUUUCUCCAA